AUGCGCGCCGCUUUCUUGUCCCUCGCGUUUUCAAUAACGACAACGCUGUGCCAGAAUACCGAACAACCAUGGCAAGCGCCCGGCCCUAAUGAUAGCCGGGCCCCAUGUCCCCUAUUGAACAGCCUUGCGAACCACGGCUACCUUCCCCGUGACGGGAAGAACAUCUCCGUAGAUGCGCUCAUUGAGGGAAUGCACGCGGGCCUCAACCUCCGCGAAGACGCGAAGUUGUUCUUUAGGUUACAAGGCAACAAGGCCCUUGAAGCAUCCUCGACGGGCAACAAAGAGACAUUCCACCUCAGCGACCUCAACAAACACAAUCUAAUCGAGCAUGACGCUUCCCUUAGCCGAGCAGAUAUUUUCUUUGGGGACAAUUGGUCAUUUAACCAGACAAUAUUUGAUGAGACCAAAUCUUACUGGCAAUCAGAGACAAUCUCUCUGAGUGACGCAGCCAAGGCUCUUGUUGCCAGGCAGAAAACUGCUGAGAGCAUCAACCCCGAAUUUGACCUGCCUCUCGAUGGACAUACAAACUCUCUUGGACAAACAGCUAUGUAUCUUGGUCUUUUCGGAGACUACGACGAUGGUAAUGCCAACAGAUCUUGGGUUGAAUACUUCUUUGAAAAUGAGAGACUCCCGUUUGAGCUUGGCUGGCGGAGACGAUCAGAUGACGACAAGAUUCCAGCAACUGGCAUUUUGGCAUUGACCACAAAAGUUGCUGUUCAUUACUUGGCUGCCAAAGUUGGCUUGUAG